CAUUGGACGGAGGUCCGAGAGACAGCCCACAACAACUCCAUGGAAGUCCAAAAGGGCAAAUGGCAGACGUUCUGCGCCUCCGAAUGGCCAACCUUCAGACUAUCGCCCCCUCUGCCCCCCCCAGUUUCUCUGUAUCCCGCACUUGUCUGUACGGGGGAUAAAAAGACUCCGGCCCCUCCCAGGGUCCUUCCCCCAGACAAUGAGCCUCUCAUAGACCUCCUGACGGAAGAACCACCCCCUUACCGGGAGCCGGCGGCUCCCCAGCCGGCGGCCCCCCAGCCAGCGGCUCCCCAGCCGGCGGCCCCCCAGCCAGCGGCCCCCCAGCCGGCGGCUCCCCAGCCGGGACCAGAGGAGGACCCCGAACCGUCCCCCAUAGCGGGUCGCCUGAGGGGCAGGAGAGACGGCCCCUCGGGAUCCUCCCAAGCGCUGCCUUUGAGAACGGGUAAUGAUGGAAGGCUCCAGUAUUGGCCGUUCUCCGCUUCAGAUCUCUAUAACUGGAAAAAUAACAAUCCCUCUUUCUCUAAAGAUCCCUCUAGACUUACCAGCCUUAUUGAGUCCGUUUUAGUGACACAUCAGCCCACCUGGGAUGACUGCCAACAGCUCUUGCAGGUCCUCCUCACCACAGAAAAGAGGCAGAGAGUCAUCUUGGAGGCCCGCAAGCACGUCCCGGGUGAUGAUGGGAGGCCCUCGCAGUUGCUCAGCGAUAUUGAUGAUGCCUUCCCCUUAGAACGGCCUGAGUGGAAUUUUGCUACAGAGGACGGUAGGAACCACCUGCGUCUCUACCGCCAGUUGCUUGUAACAGGUCUCCUUGGGGCAGGUAGACGCCCGACUAAUUUGGCUCAGGUUAAGUCAGUGAUACAGGGCCCUCAAGAACCUCCUUCCACAUUCUUGGAAAGGCUGAAAGAGGCCUAUUGGGUCUACACCCCAUAUGAUCCUGAAGACCCGACUCAGGCUACUAACCUGAUAAUGUCAUUCAUUUGGCAAUCGGCCCCAGAUAUCAGAAGAAAGCUAGAGAGGCUAGACAACUUGAGAGAGAGUAGUAUUCAGGAUAUAUUAAAAGAAGCUGAGAAAGUAUUUAAUAAGAGAGAGACGCCAGAGGAGAAAGAAGAGAGGCUAAGAAAGGAAGCAGAAGAAAGGGAGACACAGAGAGAUAAGAAGCGAAAUAGAGAAUUUAGCAAGUUGUUGGCCACCGUAGUGACAGGACAGUGGCUGAGUAGACAAGGGCCGGGAGACAAGGAAUGCAGGCGCCCCCCUGUGGACCAUGAUCAAUGUGCAUACUGCAAAGAAAAGGGCCACUGGAUCAAGGAUUGCCCUAACAGACCAAGGGGGCCACGCUGGCCCAGGCCUCAGAACACCCUGUUAAAUCUAGAAGAUUAG